AUGAUCAACAUCAUAUCAUAUAAAUCAUCUAUUUACUUACCUCCCAUUGUUUAUCUAACAGCGAAAAAUCCCCUAUUUAUUUUGAUCAACCACCUGUUUGCUGCAACAACGCACACUGAACCUUAUCAUUACGCUAGGAAACCAAAUACAACCGACGCAACUGUCAAAGCCUAUCAGAUGGAGUCUCAAGGGCACGUGACUGUAUGA